AUGGAUAGUGGUCGCGCUGGAGUGUCGAUCUGGCUCGAGCGUGGCCCAAAUGAUGGUGUCGAUCACGGACGCUAUUUUUACCCGACUUCACACUGCUGCAAGAAAUGCACAGUUGCUAUUCGUCAACUGGAAAAUAGAGGUGCAACUGACCGAUACGACGAGUACUUGCGGAUUGCAGAGUCUACCUCGUUGGAGUGCUUGAGCAGAUUCUGUCGAGUCAUCAUCCAACUAUUUGGUGCAGAAUACUUAAGGAGACCGACGCCCACCGACUACCAAAGGCAUCUUGCUCACCACGAGAAAACGCACGAGUUCUCGAGGAUGCUAGGGAGCCUAGAUUGCACGCACUGGGCGCGGAAGAAUUGUCUGGUGGCGUGGCAAGGAGCAUACACUCGAGGUGAUCAUGGGGAGCCAACGAUCAUCCUCGAAGCUGUCGCAUCCCAAGAUCUAUGGAUCUGUCAUGCUUUUUUUGGGACUCCUGGUUCAAACAACGGUAUCAACGUGCUCAACGCAUCUUUGUUGUUUAAUGUACGACGGGAAAGAAGGGCUCCACCGAUCACAUAUCAAGUCAGCAACUCCUAUUACACGAGUGGGUACUACUUGAUCGAUUGGCCCACAUACAUGAAAAGUCCUCCACUUCCAUCUAACAAGAAAAGUAUGAGAUUUAAGUUGAUGCAGAAAGCGGCUCGCAAGGACAUUGAAUCAGCUUUCGGCGUGCUUCAAGCUCAUUGGGCAAUCAUCAAAGGACCAACUCGUCUUUGGAAGAAGGAGAAGUUGAGCGACAUCAUGUUCACGUGCAUUAUUUUGCACAAUAUGAUCAUCCAAGACGAAUGA